CAUUGGGUGGGUACUUGGCUGUUAGAGACGUUCGGUUUGGCGCCAACGCGUGUCGCGUAAGUGGCGCCUACCGGCACAAGUCGCGCGUACCACCAUGCAAGCCACCCCGACCAUGCAGCCUGCAGCUGAGACCCGAGUACCAACCGUUGACGAUCUACGGGUCAAGCUGUGCUUCAUCUGCCGCGAGGAGGAGCGGUAUGAUAGUCCUGAAGACCCUCCCAGAGCUUGGACGCACCCGUGUCAAUGCACUCUGGUAGCGCAUGAGGCAUGCUUGCUGCAAUGGAUUAAGGCAGCACAGCAAGACCCGGCACGAGCGCGCAAUGCCUUGAAGUGCCCGCAAUGUGGUGCUUCCUACGAGCUGGAAAGCGACAACCCCCACCCUCGUAUACUGCGAAUACUUGACCGUUCGAAUGCGCUCCUGUCGAUUGCAGGGAAGGUGGUUAUGAUCGGGGGUUUGGCGACGGUGUUUGUAUCGUUUGGGUUCGGUCUCUACCUCGUGUGUACAUCCUAUGGUGCACAUGCAAUGCAGUCGAUGGUCGGCAAGGAGAUGUACGACAUCCUGCUCACGGACGAACCCAGCAACUGGCCAUGGCACGCCUUCGUCAACCUUCCUAUGAUACCAAUCAGCCUAGUGCUCUCCCGCUCUCCCACUUUCGUCACAUUCCCUCUAUUACCACUGAUCAUCUCAUGGCCGUCGUCGCACCCCGUCCCCACCGCCGCACUGCGAUUAGGUGCUGCUAGCUGGAGUCUGUUCGGGCGGAACGAUGGUGACCCCUACGGUCCCAUACUCGGAUGGCCCCCCUCACCAGUGAUGGCCGCGAUGCUCUUCCCGUUCAUCGGGAGGCUCUACCGAGAACAAUACUCGAAGUUGAAGCACCUCAUCAUGGGCACGCGGCCGACGCAGCAUGAGCCCGUGCGCAAUAUCGUGUGGGACUUCGGCGGCGAAGGCCCCAUGCCGAUCCGCGCACAUAUAGGCCUCAGGGCCGAUCCCGCACAACAGCGACAGCAACAGCAGGUCCCAGCUCAAGACGAUGCCCCCGCGCAGGAUGCAGAGGGCCAAGAACAGCAGGGUAAUGGGCAGGCCGACGAGCCGGGUGUCGCGGCAGAACACACACUCCGCAUAACCAACGCGUCGCUGGGCCGCUUCAUCGGCGGCGCGUUGUUGAUGCCUACGAUCGCCAAUUACAUGGGUUCCAUACUGUACCGGCUCGCGAGGUACUCGCCGACACUGCGUACCUUCCUGGCUAUUCGCCCGCCAUUGCUGGGUCAUCGCCGCGUGCCACUCCUUGCUCCGUGGCUAGAGAGCCAGGGGUUCACGCAGAUGAGCUUGCUGAAAAAGGUCGGCACGAGUAUGCAAGUCGCGCUCAACUUGGUCUUGGGUGGGACGAGAGUCUGGUACGAGUGCGAUCCUGUCUGGUGGCGGAACUCCAUUGGCCUCGGCAUUUUCAUUGUCGCUAAGGACUGCAUUAAGCUGCUCCAUCUCUACCUCGCAAAGCGCGACCUCGAGACCCGACGAGUGAAGAGUCGUUCGUUUGCAGGAGUGGACCUCGAAGAGCUCGACCUGAUACAUCCUCCUGCCCAUGAUGGCCGUGUACUUCAAUCCCGCAACGAUAUCGUGUAGAUGCUUUCAUCGAUCGUUCUAACUAGUCCUUCGCUCUGUUGCACGCGCUACCCAUUGUAUAACAAUCGUACAUUUCCUCUCAGCAUUUCUCACCGGAUUAGCUAUAAGAAUUCCUACUAGGCUCAAGGGCCAUGCCGUGAAAGACAAUGCAUGCGCAUAUUCUAUUAUGCUGAGGAACAAUACACUGGCCAACGAGUAAUCGCGAUGCAGUUGGCAUUUGUUGAGC